AUGAGGCGGGUGCCAUACGUGAGGCUCCAGGCGGGAAAGAGGGGAGGCGAGCGGGAACGGGUGCCAUACGUGAGGCUCCAGGCGGGAAAGAAGGGAGGCGCGCGGGAACAGACCGAGCGGCGGGAAAUCGAGCGGGCAAAGACGGAGCGGCGGGAAAUCGAGUGGGAAAUAGAGGCCGGCCACCAACAAAGCUUGCAAUCGACGCAAUUUGGGAGGGAAACGGAGAGAGCUGACCUGUGGAUAGGGUUGGAAGAGAAGAGGGCGGCGCCUGGAGCUUGGGUCGCGGCAGCCGGCGGCGCAUCCUCGGCCCAUCCGCCCCUGGCCCCUUCGCCCUCCACUGCUGCUUUUCUGCCCUCUGCUUCUCUACCGGCCACAGCCCCUCUGCUUCUCCACCGCCCCUCCAGCGCUGCCCCUCCGCCCUGCAGCGCUGCCCCUCUGAUCUGUUCCAGUGGCCUCUUCUCUGCUCUCUCCUAUGGCCAGCUUGCUACUUGGGAGAAGAGAAUGGAUGGAAAGAGCAGCAGCAAAGGGGAGAAUGGGUGCUACAACAGCUCAACAAAGGCGUCCUUAGAGGGGUGGGAUCGCCACAGACGCCUCACGCCUUAAGAACAGAGAAUAAAUCCAUGUCGGGCCUGCGAUGGUAUGCUAAUAAUACCAUCUGAUGAUGUACGAGUAUAUUCUUUCUCACUGCACAAACCAGGUUGACAGGAACGGGGAGGAGUUGUUGUGGCCUUGUGCGCGUCGACGUGGGGCCAAUCCAUCCACUCUACUCCUAGCUGUUGCGUGUUCACGAGGUUGAUGGUCUAUACAUCUCAGUCGUCUUGAGUCAGCAGAAGCAUUAUAUUAUCCAUUCAUGAUUUUCUUCUUCUUUUCAUCUUUUGCAUUGUUGGCCAUGAGUAUUGUCCAUUACAUCUACAUGCAUCAGCAUUCAGUAGUAAUGCUACGGUUGAAUGAUUUAUAUGCAUGAGGUGGUAGCCGCCCUUGAUCGAUGAAUGGCUGGCAAUGGCAAUCAGCAAAGCAACAUGGCCCAGCCAGAGCUGACGAUGCAACCAAUCAAACUAGCGUAUAGCUAAUAAGCUUCCGUACAUACACAACAAGCAGCAAGUACUCGCACGCAGGUAGGUGAAGUGUGUUUCAGGUAAAUUAACAGGCUAGGCAGUUUCAGUUGAGUCGCAGCAGACAUAUACUAGAUACUAUCAUCUAUCACAACAAAAAUAUUGCUACUAACAGCACAUGCACUGGUGUAAUCGUAGUAGGUUCUACAUGCAUGAUAGCUAGAACAAGUCUCAUCAUGCAUCUGAAGUGAACAUGCAUUUUCUUCUUCGUGUAAUUUCAUAGGCAUAUAUCUGCAUGAUUACUAUUUGUUGGCUACCUAAGCAGUAGUAGUACAUAAAAAAAGAAGAAGAAAAAGCUUUACCCGGCCUGCAAUUUGACAAUGAUCCAUUCAUUGUCCAUCCAUCAACUUAAUUAGGCAGGCAGACAGACAUGCCCUGCAACUGCCGGGCCUUGCCACGUCGAGGCAUGUGACGGGUCGUUGAGGAGCAAAUUAUAUAUUCCUAUUAUAUUAUUAUUGCUCUAUACACACACACAUCAUCAUCAUCGUCAUCAAC